CAAGGGAAAAGAAAACACAAGCUAAACCGGAGCACUAGAAGAAGGCAAGGCUAAGAGCGGGAAUUGUCCGGCAGAAGAAGAAAGGAAACUAUCGGAAAGAUUCUGGGAAACCUCGACCCGCGUCUUUCUCACUCACUACCUCCUGACUUUGCCACGAAGCCUCCCGAGAGCUCUGAAAGUCUAAUACAUAAAAGCAAAGCACGGGAGCGAUCGAGCUUAGCAAACUCGAGCUCGCUCGCUAGCCGGAGGAGCAAAUCAAGUCAAGAUGGGACCGAACCUCGCACUCGUCCUCGAGAUCGCCGCCGUGGUGGCCCUGGCGCUGCUCAUCGUCAUCGUGGCCGUCGUCUUCUCCCCCGGCGGCGCCUGCGACGGGGCCGGCGGCGAUGCAGCAGGAGCGGGGCGCGUGCACGCCGCUGACGUCGAGAGCGCCCUCGGCGGGAUGACGCUCAUGACGACGUACGAGCAGGUGGCGGCCAGGAAGGGGAAGGAGACUGAGACGGAGACGGAGAAGGAGGAAGAGAGGGAGCGGUGCGCCCUUUGCCUGGGGGAGUACGGCAAGGGCAGCGCGCUGGUGCGGAUGGUGCCGGCGUGCGGGCACUUCUUCCACGCCGAGUGCGGCAUCGACGGGUGGCUCCGGAAGCGCCGGACGUGCCCGAUAUGCCGGGGCCGGGUGUUGCUGCUGCCGAGGAAUAGGAUGAUGAUGCCGCCGCUGGAGUGCCCGCCGAUGCCGCCGCGGAUCACGGCGUCUUCCUAGUUUUGGCGAUGAUGAGUAUUCUUUGAUCAUUUUGGGUGGCUGCCAGUAGGAUUUACAGUUACAGAGUACGCACACGCGCACACGCACAGAGAAAGAGAAAGGGGAAUAAAUUUUCCUUUUUUUUUUCAGAGGGAGCAAGCGCAUUUGCAAUUGUUAAUAGGCAGUUAGAUUUCUGUUUGUUUGUUUUUUCUUUUGCUUCCAGAAUGAAAGGAGAUUCAGUGAAAUGUUGGUCCGACGCAAAUUCUGAUGUAAGAACUUUUUAAAAUAUGCGCUUUCCGCGUUUUUAUAUUCC